AUGCCGGGACCUUCGAGCGCCCUGCGAGCACCACCAGCUGCCAACACUGCACCGCUGCCGACCGCUAGCUCCAGUGGGCAGGCGGCAGCUCCCACUCCAUCUGCCCACUCCUCCACCAGCAUGAACGCUUCCUCCUCGACAUCAUCUACGGCGGCGUUGAAAGAUGGAGCGGCACGGCCGGCACCGCCCCCAACCAAGAGGCUGUCAUUGCCUCGCCGCCUGCUCAACUCGUAUCUCCAGCAACUGUCCAAGCGGCCGUUGCGGACCAAGAUGAUUACCUCUACCGUCCUGUUCUGCAUUGGUGACAGCAUUGCGCAGUUUGGCAUUGAGGGAAGGCGGUUACCGUGGAUGUCGCCAGCGAUGGAGGAGGAUGAGGUUCCUCCCUCAUCAUCUCGCCCCACAGGUUCUGAGCUCAAGACAGCGGACAAGGACAGCGAGUGGGACCCCGUCCGUGCUGCGCGCCUGAUGUUCUACGGCGGUACGAUCUUUGCCCCGCUGGCCCACAACUGGCUCAACUUGCUGCAACGAGUGCAGUUGAGCUCCAAGCUGAAGACCGUUUCCACGCGUAUAUUCCUGGACCAGGUCCUCUGGGGACCGUUCAUUGUUUGCCUGUUCUGGACGUCAAACGGCAUCCUGGAGGGCAAGAGCCUGUCCGAAGUGCGGGAUAAGCUUCAGAUGGCCUUUUGGCCAGUAUACAAGCGCUCGAUCUGCGUCUUUGGUCCCACUGCGGCCUUCAGUUUUUGGUUUGUGCCCCUGCAGCACCGCCUGCUUGUUGGCCAGAGUGUUGGACUCGGCUGGAACACUUACCUCUCCUACCUCAACCACGUCAACAACAAGCGCCUGGCGGCCGCGGCCGCAGCCGUGUCCGCUGCCCAGGUUCGCGAAGUUGCCGACGUCGUCACACACGCCGACUCUACCAAGUCGCACGCGGCCGUGGAGCACGGCCAAGAGGCCCUCGAGAAGGCGCGGCUCCGCAAGGAGAAGAUCCUCGCCAGCCAGGGCGGUGGCUCGACCGGCGUUGGCACCAGAAUGGGCCACUAG